AUGUCCGCUAACGUGAACGGCUUUCAUCUUCAUCGUCCCCUCAAGGCUGGCAUUUUUGCGCCUAUCCCGAGCUUCUUUCUACCGGAUACCGAAGACUUGGAUCUCCCAGCAUUUGAAAGUCAUGUUCUUCGCGUUGCCUCUGCCGGGGUCGGGCCACUUCUUGCUGGCUCUAUGGGCGAAGCCAUACAUCUCUCACCCCAGGAACGCGUGAUUCUCAUUCGCACUGCCCGCAAUGUCCUCGAUAAGGCAGGGCUAAAGGAUGUCCCUCUCGUCGUUGGAACGGGUGGCGCUAGUACAAGAGAAACUAUCCAACUCACAACCGACGCUGCCAAUGCUGGCGCCGACUACGCCAUCGUCAUUACCUCUGGAUACUUUGCUGGCGUGCUCGCCAACAACCCUGCUGCUGUCAAGGCCUUUUUCACCGAGGUCGCAGAGAAGAGUCCCAUUCCAGUCAUCAUUUACAACUACCCAGGUGCAAGCGGAGGUAUUGACCUCGACUCGGACCUUAUCUCGGAGUUGGCUGCAGAGUGCCCCAACCUUUGUGGAGUCAAAUUAACUUGUGGUAACGUGGGCAAGCUCACGCGCAUUGCCGACACUGUUUCGUCGUAUUCUCGCAAGAACCCAUUUUUGGUCCUAGGAGGCUUUAUCGACUUUAUGACCCCAUCUGCAUUUGCCAAUGGACACGGUGCGAUCACAGGGCUAGGCAAUGUCGCUCCGCACGCAAUUCGGAAGCUCUUCGAUCUGUCUGAGGCCGCUAAGAAUGACCUAUCGUUGUUGCCAGAGGCCCAGCGUCUGCAGGGUAUUAUAGCGCGUGCUGAUUAUACCAUCGCCAAGACGUCGAUAGCUGGCACCAAGUUCCUUCUCGAGAAGUUGUAUGGCUAUGGUGGGACGACACGUCGACCAUUGCCCCCGAUCUCGGCAGCGGCAGGAGAGGCAUUGUGGGCACAUCCGCAUACGCAAGCGCUUGUCGCUCUUGAGCGUCAAGUUGGCGGUAAGACUCAGUAG